AACUCUUAACACGCAAUGCCUCAAAGCAAUGAAGUAGUAAGCAGAAGCCCAGAGAUGAGCAAGAGCCCAGCGGGUGUCCUCGAGCACAGCAGGGACUUCUUUCCCACCGAGGCCAACAACAAGCUGCUGCCCACCGGCCCACUGGGCUCACCGCUGACCAUGGAGGCUGGGGAACGCGUGGGUCUGGUGUCCAAGACAGAGACGCGCGUGUACCGGCGCCGCUGGAUAAUGCUUUUCCUGUUCAGCGCUUACUCAGCCAGCAGUGCCUUCAUGUGGCUCCAGUACGGCAUAGUCGGGAACAUCUUCACUCGCUUCUACAGCAUCGACAACAUGGCCCUGGACUGGCUCUCCAUGAUCUACCUGCUUACCUACGUCCCACUCAUUGGGCCGGUCAUGUGGAUGCUCGACAAACGCGGCAUGCGGGACGUGGUCCUCACUGGCGCGGCCUUCAACUGCAUCGGCGCCUGGGCGAAGGUUGGCAGCGCAGCGCCAGACCUGUUUCCUUUGACGUUUUUUGGGCAGUUUGUUUGCUCAGUGGGCACUGUGUUCAUCCUGGGAAUCCCACCUCGCUUGGCAUCAGUGUGGUUUGGAGAGAAUGAAGUUUCCACUGCCUGCUCCAUUGGAGUGUUGGGUAAUCAGCUUGGCAUUGCCAUUGGCUUCCUAGUUCCCCCUAUCCUGGUGCCAAAUGUGGACGACAUGGACGAGUUGGCGCACCACAUUCGUGUGAUGUUCUACAUAACUGCUGGCGUGGCCACUCUGCUCUUCGUCCUGGUGGUCAUUGUCUUCCAGGAGCAGCCCGAGAUUCCACCAACCCAGUCCCAGGUCACAGCCAGAAGCAUCCCCCCCGAGGACUACUCCUACAUGGCCUCCAUCAAGAGACUCCUCAGCAACAAGCCCUUCAUCCUCCUUAUCAUCAGCUAUGGCCUCAAUGUGGGCUGCUUCUAUGCCGUCAGCACACUGCUCAACCGCAUGAUUAUUGAGUACUAUCCAGGUGAAGAGGUCAAUGCUGGCAGAAUUGGGCUUACCAUUGUUAUCGCUGGAAUGGUUGGCUCCUUGAUCUGUGGAAUCUGGCUUGAUCGGACCAAAACCUACAAGCAGACCACUUUGGUUGUGUACGUGAUGUCCUUCCUCGGGAUGAUUGUGUUCGCUUUUACGCUCAACGUAGGGUACUUGUGGGUUGUCUUCAUCACUGCUGGAGCAUUAGGGUUUUUCAUGACCGGCUACCUACCUCUUGGCUUUGAGUUUGCUGUGGAACUCACCUAUCCAGAGUCGGAGGGCACAUCGUCAGGGCUACUCAACUGCUCUGCUCAGGUUUUUGGCAUCAUCUUCAUCAUCUGCGAGGGAAAGAUCAUCGAUUCCUACGGCAAUCUGCCCGGCAACAUUUUCCUCUGUGUUUUCUUGCUCAUCGGCACAAUCAUGACUGGCAUUAUCAAGUCAGACCUGCGGAGACAGCAGGCAAAUGCAUUGGCCAAGGAAGCUAGCGAACUCAAAAAGCCCCCACACAUGGACGUGUAAGGUAUAGAUCUAUUGCACGUUCUGAGGAGCAUGCCAUGCCGUAGCGCAUUUGUCUUUUAUAAGUGGUUGUCCAUAUGUUAGAGUAAAAACAAUUUGAUACCUAAAAGUUCAAAUUAAAAGUACAAAACAAAAUCAAAUUGGCUAUAUGACAUUGCACAUAACACAUGAUGUUAGGAUAGUAUUGUAGAUAAUAUUGUAACAACAUAUGACAGUUUGCUGUGGCAUGCAAAUAAAUGACAGAUGAAUGAUCCUGAAAUAAUAUGUAUAAGUAUGCUAAACCAGGAAACCUAACACCUGUUUUUGGAUAUGAUCUCUUAACUGAUGCAUAGAUUACACUAUUAUGAGUCUAAUUCAGUUAUGAAUUUUCACAGAAAUAAUCACUAGUUGAAUGUUUGUGUUAAUGUACAUUCUUCCACCAAUCAGCUCGCUUUAAAACAAUGCCAUGAACCAUGUUUGCAGGACCCUCUUUUUGGAUCCUCAGUGCCAUCAAAAACCUCUGGUGACAUUGACUGGGUACAGAGCACAGAGAACCUUAUAUGAUGAAGACCCAUGAUCAGUGCUUGUCUUGAGGGGAUGGGCACAUCAGGUGCCCCUCUGGCCAGGUUCUGGGGCAGAGUUGUCAGCUACCAUCUUUGCACAAUACAUCAGGCCAACCGAUACAACUGUCAAUGACUGUCAGUGACUGACUGGAAAUCUCAAUUCUGGUCAAAUGAGAGCUACUUCACAGAACAAAAAUGUCACACCUUUAGGGAAAAGGUUAAAUAAAAAAAUAAUAAUAAUGGUCUUAUCUUACACUCCCUUAAAGAGAGAGUGUUGCACACAUACUGUGCAGUGAUGGUGGAUGUGUUGCUACAUGGAUGUGCUAAACAAUGUCACCAGACGGUGUGAGAAUGCUUCUGAUGGUAUGAGGUGUCUGUGUACCUUUCCUACCCUACCCAUAUACUGUAUACUGUAAGUAUAAGUAUAAUAUACUCUUUUAAUCCCGUGAGGGAAAUUUGGUCUCUGCAUGUA